CUCGCUGUCAUCAAAGCAUCCGGAUACAGGCCCUGUUCAUCCGUUGACUUCAGGAAAACAUGGCUUCCGCUGCGCGAACUCUCACCAGAGCUUUUGCUCGAGCCACUCCAGCAACCUCUUCUGCUCGAUCUUCAGUCACCCGUAGCUCACUUCGCUUCUCUGCUCCCGCCUACACUUUCCGCGCGUCGUCUCGCAGGGGCUACUCCUCCGGCGCUGAAGGUGGAAAGUCGUCCUCUGGCCUCAUCUGGGGUCUUGCAGCCGUUGCCGCUGGUGGUGCCGGUGCUUUCUACUACUUGAACGGUGACCACCUGUCCUCGAAUUCGGCGAAACCUACUAUCAUCUCCGACCCAACCAAGGAGGACUUCCAGAAGGUUUAUGAUGAAAUUGCAAGACUUCUUGUAGAGAAGGACGAUUAUGAUGAUGGAAGCUACGGACCUGUCCUUGUUCGUCUCGCCUGGCACGCCAGUGGUACCUACGAUAAGGAAACUGGGACUGGAGGAAGCAAUGGCGCUACCAUGCGCUUCGCCCCAGAGUCUGACCACGGUGCCAAUGCUGGAUUGAAGGCUGCUAGAGAUUUCCUCGAGCCAGUAAAGAAGAAAUUCCCUUGGAUUUCUUACUCCGAUCUCUGGACCCUUGCUGGUUCUUGUGCCAUCCAGGAGUUGGGAGGACCUGACAUCCCAUGGCGCCCCGGCCGCAAGGACGCUGAUAUGACUGCCUGCACACCUGAUGGUCGUCUUCCAGAUGCCUCCAAGGAUCAGAAGCACAUCAGAGCUAUCUUCGGUCGUAUGGGUUUCGAUGAUCGCGAGAUGGUCGCUCUUUGCGGCGCUCACGCUCUCGGCCGUGCUCACAGCGACCGAUCCGGCUAUGAUGGACCAUGGGACUUCAGCCCUACUGUUUUCACCAAUGAAUUCUUCAAGUUGCUUUUGGACGAGAAAUGGGUCCAGAAAAAGUGGAACGGCCCUAAACAGUUCACCGACAACACCACCAAGACCUUGAUGAUGCUUCCAACGGAUAUGGCUUUGAUUAAGGAUAAAGAAUUCAAGAAACACGUCGACCGAUACGCCAAGGAUAGCGAUGUCUUCUUCAAGGAGUUCUCCGAUGUAUUCGUCAAGCUCCUUGAGCUGGGCGUGCCUUUCACCUCCAAGGCUGAAGACCGCUACGUCUUCAAGAGAAGCGAGUAAAAAGUCGCAUAUCAGGAGCGUCCUGUACCUUUUUUCUUUUUUUUGGUCAGACUUCUAACCCAAUGUCUUAUGCCCAGAUUAAUUCAUGUUCCUGUAGUUAAAAAUCAAACAGAUGGUUCUCAGUUUUCCUUCGUUUUGAAUUUCUUACUGUUCUUUUUAAUUGUUCCUGCCUUUCAUCCUUGAAUGCUAGAUUCAGCGUACCCCAAAUCCUCUACUGCUAAAGUCCCUUGGCUUUGGGUAAAAGAAGGGGCUUUUCUUGAUCGACUCUCGCAUUUUACACUCAAACUUUUGCAAAAAGGGAUGGCGAAUUAUGAGUCCAUGCAAAUUCUGAAACAAAUAUAGGGAAGAAAGAUCGCAGCUCUUUAUAAGA